CAAAUUCGAUGGAUAAUCCCUGCCGGUUACGUGCAUUUCAGUAGCAGUGAAGGCAAAGCAAUCAGAAUUAUGAGUUUUACAUGCUAAUGCUUGUAUUUACUUCUCUUUUUAAUAUGUCAUUUUAGAUCUGUGCUGCGCUGAAAGCAUUGUACUUAAAGAAACGUGAUGAUUGACGACUUCGAAACUCAUUCGAUCCGAUCUAGUGGAGACCUGUGGUCUGAGAUCUGCUCAAGUCUGCCAGAGCCUCAGGAACAGGAUGGUGGACAAUUUACAGAUUCAUUUGAGCCUUCAUCUCCAGGAAACCCACAGACAGACUCCCCCAGAGUUGCUUCUUUCAGCCCCUGGGAGCCAAUGGCUGACUCUGAGGUUUACAUUGCCAGUUUAGAAAAUAGAUUGAAGAGGAUCAAGGGACAAUCAAAUGAAGUAACAUCAAGGGAAAUGCUCCGUUCCUUGUCCCAGGCUAAAAAGGAAUGCUGGGAUAGAUUCCUCCAUGAUGCCCAAACCUCAGAACUGUUCCAAGAAGGAAACUUCGAUCAGAGUGCUUUGGAGCAGUUUAAGCGCUGGAUGUCUCCAGAAAGGGUGGCCAUCAAUGCAGAAGAGCUGGAGUAUCUUCUUUUGCCCACACAGAACAGUGAGGCUCUUGCUAGCCCAACCCAAACUGAAAAGCCAUGUGAGGAGGAAGAGUGCCCCAGCCCAGAGAAAUAACCAUAUCACAGCGAUAAACCUGUUUGCUGUACUGACCAGCAGUGUUAAGAGUAAAUGGGGUCGUGUUGUGGAAAGCAACGAAAUAUUAUGAUCCAUUUAACGGGAUCAUUUGCUUCACAGAGAUAAAUGAAGGUGUCUUUGGUUGUGUGUCUCUCAAUCCAGUUUUCAAUUCAAGGUGCAUUAUUGUAUCCUCAUAUUGAAAGAAAUACGAGUAAUAAAAAAAAUUGAAAUCUCUUUAUUGGAGACAUUUCAGAAGUACAUGUAUAUUCUGAACAAAGAAAAAAAAAACAGCCAGAAGAACUUCACUACAUUAUCAUGAAACAUUCCAUUUAUGUAUCAUUAAAUGAAUUUCAUUAUUUACUUGUGAAUUUUUUGCUAUUUACUCCUUUCCUGUAGUAUUGAAACUGAUGCUGUUAUACACUAAUCCAUACCCAAACAUUACAUUUAUAAACUAUUUCAUUAUGUAUGAAUUGAUAAUCUAAUUACUGUCAGGUGAACAUUCUCCUAAAUUCAAAUGUGUAGGUCAUGGACUAAAUUAAACAUUAGUAGAGAAUGUUGUGUAAUAUGGCCAUUGUUUCUAAUCAUGUUAGUAACUGUUCGUUUUAUUCAAAAAGGAUAAUAAAAACUAUGAAGGAGCCAUAA